AUGGCUAAAGAAGUAUUAGGCGAAAUAAUUACAAGAAUUAAAAAAUCAAAAUAUUAUUCUGUAUCUGUAGAUUCUACUCCCGAUGAAGCACAUAUAGAUCAAUUGACUAUAGUAGUACGCUAUAUGGAAGAAAUAACUCCAGUAGAAAGAUUCUUAACAUUUGUACCAAAUUGUGGUCACACUGGCAUUGAAAUGGCAAAUACUCUUAUUACAUUUUUGGACUAUCAUAAAAUUGAACUGAACGACUGUCGUGGUCAGUCAUAUGAUAAUGCAGCCAACAUGAGUGGCAAGUAUCAAGGAAUGCAAGCCUUAAUUAAAAAUAAAAAUGAAUUCGCAGAAUUUGUUCCAUGUUGUGGUCACUCUCUAAAUUUAGUUGGGAAAACAGCAGCCAACUCAUGUGUUGCAGCUAUUCGAUUCUUUGAUUUUAUACAAAACCUGUACGUGUUUUUUACUGCAACUCCCACACGUUAUGCACUUUUAACAAAAAAAUUAGCUUGCAUAGAUAAAAAUAAACGUGUUUACGUAUUAAAGAAUUUGAAUGAAACCCGUUGGUCAUGUCGUGCAGAUGCAACAAAAGCAGUUGUAUUUGGUUAUGAUUUUAUAAAAGAAGCUUUGGAAGAAAUUUCAAAUGAUCUUGAACAAAAACACAUUGUUAAAAUCGAAUCCAAAAAACUCAAUGAAUCAAUGUGUACACUUGAAGUGGCAUUUUAUGCAAUUUUUUGGAAUGACAUUUUAGAGAGGUUUGAUUUAACAAGCCAUCUUUUACAAGACCCGAAAAUAAUCCUUCAAACUGCUGUAAAUGCCCUAAAUUCUCUUUUAUCAUUUGUUCAAGAAAUACGAAAUAAAUAUGAAGAGUACGAAGAAAAAGCAAAACAAAUGUCAGGAUUAAAAGAUUAUGCGCCAAUUCAGCUAGAUGAUCCUGAUCGUUUUAAAAGUUUUUACAGAAUGGAAAAAUCGACAUUUGAAGAGUUGGUUAGGUUAAUUGGACCAAAAAUCCAGAAAAAAGACACCAAUAUUAUAGAAGAGCAGUGUGCCCUCAAGAACGAUUACUUAUCACACUUAGGGAAUAUAGAUUUACCAUACCAGUAA